AUGGCGGCGGAGCGGGCGGCCGGGCUGGUGCAGGAGCUGCAGCGCGCUGCCGGCGGCCACCUGCCGCCCUUCCGGGCGGAGGGGCUGCGGCAGGCGCUGGAGGAGAUGCGGGCGCUGUACGAGCGGAACCAGGCGGACGUGUCCGAAGCGAAGGCAGGACGCACGGAUCUGAUUUUCCUCAUCCGGUUCCGGCACUGCUGCCUGCUCCGAAACCAGCGCUGCGUCCUCGCCUACCUGUACGACCGGUUGCUGCGGAUACGAGCGCUAAGGUGGGAGUACGGCAGCGUCCUGCCAAACACCAUCCAGUUUCACAUGUCAGCCGAGGAAGUGGAGUGGUUCAAUCGGUACAAGAAGUCCCUGGCUACCUACAUGAGGUCAGUAGGAGGAGAGGAAGGGCUGGACCUUACCCAGGACAUCAAACCUCCUAAAAGCCUGUACAUUGAAGUGCGCUGCUUGAGAGACUACGGAGAAUUUGAGAUCGAUGAUGGGACCACCAUCCUGUUGAAGAAGAACAGCCAGCACUUUUUACCCCGCUGGAAGUGUGAGCAGUUAAUCAGACAAGGAGUCCUGGAGCACAUCCUGUCAUAAGCCUGCAGGACAGGAGGGACAAACCCUUGCUUGGUGGCUUAUCCAUCACAGGGACUGAACUGUGGUGUGUGCAGCACAUCAGGCAGCCUGGCAGUCCUGCAGUGGGCACCCCUGGCACUCCUCCUAACAGCUUUUGAUACCUGCCACAAAGACCAGCCCUGAGUUUAUAAAAUAUGCAAACUACACGGCCAGCUCUUCGUGACCAAAGGGUGCACACUGGUAAUGUAUAAUCCUGGGCAUUCAGCAGAGGAGGGGGUGGCUCUGGAGGGGGGAAAUCCACAGCUAUGAGCAGGUUUUGUGAAUGCAUUUUUAUUUGGAGCAGUUCUCUGUUUGUAUUGUGGAUGUGGGAGUAAGGCAGCAAGCUCUGGAAGCUGGGAGAGUUCGGUAGUUGCAAAAUAAAGAGCUCCUUCAGCCUUCA